GAUAAUGCCAUUCUGGACAAAAUGGCGAAUGUUGUUAUUUUGCCGCAGGGUCACUGAAUACAUUUCUACUUAUUUCCCAAUAAUUAAUUAAAUAAUCAGCAAAAAUAUUAUCAAGAAAACCUUGAUUGUUGUAAGGGUUACGGUCCGCGUGGGGUGAAAUGAAAGGUAAAGAACGAUCGCCGAUUAAAAAACGAUCACGGGCCUUGGACGACAUCCGAGACAGGGGAGGAUGCCACCCAGCCAGCAAGAAAAUGGGUGCUAUCUCCAUCUCCAGUGGAAGUAAUAAUGGAAACAGCUCGGUCAAAAGUGAAGGUGGUUCCACACGAAGGAGUUUGCUCGGCGAGAAAAGGGAACGGGAUUUCGACGGACAUGGUCGGGCUGGUAACAACCACAGCUACCAGGCUGUCGCCGCCAGCUCCCUCGGUAAGAGCCACAGCCUUAACAUGACACUGGAUUUAGCGGCACAGAGGACUAACUCACGGCUAGAACCGCGGGCUCCGUUGCCCACCGCGGAAAGUGAGUACAAAACCCUGAAAAUCAGCGAGCUGGGCACCCAGUUGAGCGACGAGGACAUAGAAGACGGGCUUUUUCACGAAUUCAAAAAAUUUGGCGACGUGAGUGUCAAAAUAAGCCGCAGCAACGACGAACGGAUUGCGUUUGUGAACUUCAGAAAGCCCGAGGACGCCCGGGCUGCUAAGCAUGCGAGAGGAAGACUGGUGCUGUACGACCGACCGCUGAAAAUUGAAGCGGUGUAUAUUAACAGGAGGAGAAGUCGCUCUCCCGUCGAGAGAGACCCAUAUGGUGCAGCCCCAGGCCAUAGACACUUGCAUACACAGAGGCCUCUCUCUCCAACUGGGCUUGGAUAUAGAGACUACAGGCUCCAACAGCUGGCCUUAGGAAGACUUCCUCCUCCUCCACCACCCCCUGUCCUGGCCAGAGACCUAGAGCGAGAGAGGGAGUUUGCCCUCUUCGAGGCCAGGGCGCGACCAGCCUUCAUAGCGGAGAGAGCGGCUUUUCGAGAGGAGGAUUUUAUUUCUCCAGAAGAUGACCAAAGGGCAAACAGGACGUUGUUUCUUGGUAACUUGGACAUAACGGUUACAGAGACCGAUCUACGGAGAGCCUUUGACCGUUUCGGCGUCAUAACAGAAGUGGACAUCAAGAGACCCACGCGGGGACAGACUAGUACGUAUGGAUUUCUGAAAUUUGAAAAUCUUGACAUGGCCCACCGUGCCAAACUGAGCAUGUCUGGCAAAAUAGUCGGCCGCAAUCCCAUAAAGAUAGGCUACGGCAAAGCCACGCCCACCACGCGCCUUUGGGUGGGGGGUCUCGGCCCCUGGGUCCCCCUGGCUGCACUAGCGAGAGAGUUUGACCGCUUCGGCACCAUAAGGACAAUCGACUACCGCAAGGGGGACACCUGGGCCUACAUCCAGUACGAAAGCCUGGACGCGGCGCAGGCGGCCUGCACCCACAUGCGUGGCUUCCCUCUGGGGGGGCCAGAGAGGAGGCUACGUGUGGACUUUGCCGACACGGAGCACCGGUACCAGCAGCAGUUCCUUCAGCCCCUGCCGCUGCCGCCGUUCGACCUGGUGGCGGAGCAGUUUGUUCACCGCGCCACCCCGGAGCCCCUGAGGGUCAGGGAGAGGACUCCACCGCCCCUGCACUUUCGUGAGAGAGAGCUCUUUCCCGGAGCCGAGUGGGCCAACCCCGCCAUGCGCGAGCGCGUGCGGGCUUCGCCGUUCGACGCCCUGGAGCACCUGGAGCGGGACCGGCGGCCCAGAGAGCCCUGGCCCCUGGAAUGCGAGCUGCAGGGCCGGGACCCCGCACGCAAGCGGCGCCCGGUCGAGGACGGCCGCCACCUGGACUGCUCCCCCGACAGCACCGAGCGGCAGGCCCGGCGGCGCCGCCCCUCCCCCGACGGCAGCCCCGGCGGCAGCAGCAGAGACGGCGGGCGCUUCAGCGACUCGGAGCGGCCCCUGAGGGGCGAGAGGCCGUCCCCGGGCAGGGAGUGCCACGGUGGCCCGGAGCGCGGCGGCGGCGGAGGCGGAGGCGGCGUGGAGAGGAGGCUUAAGAACCAGGGCCUCUCGGACCGAGGGCCGCCAGGCGGCGGCCUCCUCGUCCUGGGAGAACGCAAGCGAAAGGCGGGCGGCGACGGCGGCGGCGGCGGGGGCAAAGCGCCGGCCAAGCGGGAGCGCGCCGAGAGCAGCUCCAGGGGAGGGCUCGCCAAGCAGGAGGGCUGCCGGCUGGCCAUGGCCUGGCACGGCAUGCUGCUGCUGAAGAACAGCAACUUCCCGGCCAACAUGCACCUGCUGGAGGGGGACCACAGCGUGGCCAGCGACCUGCUCAUCGACGGCCAGACCGGGAGGCAGGUGAGCGAGCUGAAGAUCACCCAGCGCCUGCGCCUGGACCAGCCCAAGCUGGACGAGGUGGCUCGCCGCAUCAAGGUGGCGGGCCCCGGCGGCUACGCCAUCCUGCUGGCCGUCCCGGGGGCCGUGGAGGAGACGACGCCGGACGGGGCCGCCUCCACGCAGCGGCCCCUGCGCAACCUGGUGUCCUACCUUAAGCAAAAGCAGGCGGCGGGGGUGAUCAGCCUGCCGGUUGGGGGCAGCAGAGAUAAGGACAACGCGGGGGUGCUGCACGCUUUCCCGCCCUGUGAUUUCUCCCAGCAGUUCUUAGAUUCCUCCGCCAAAGCGCUGGCUAAAACUGAGGAGGACUACCUGGUCAUGAUUGUAGUCCGCGGAGCCUCUUAGAAAGCGAAACCUUUAAAAUGUCAGAACACACAAAAUCCAAAAAAUGUAAAAAAAAAAAAAAAAAAAAAAGCUCUGUCCGUAGCUGUUGCAUGCUGUGUGUUCUGCAUUAGGGGGGCCGUCACUGGGCCCUUACUGUGUACCUGUGUAGCUAUAUGUUCCACUAAAGUGAAAAGACAAAAACACAAACCUUUACCCUCAUACAAUUAAUGGAAUGUUUGUUCUUCAAGUGUUUUACUUUAAGCCAUUCUUCAGGCCCUCAAAGGGUUGUUUAUGUAAAGCAUACAUAUGAAUACAAUAAAUCCCAAUCAAUGAACAUAUUGAGAAUUUAACCAGACUUGAAACCUCGGUAGAGUUAGAAGUCCUUCAUUUUGACAUCUAGUGGCAUUUGGGUUGAUCUGCCAAAGUUAUUUGGCAUAAUUUGUUAAUGCAACUCUAGUGUCAACGAUCUACAACGAUAAUGAGAUUGAUAAUCUUGUAGGAAGAAAUUAAGCUCCAUGCAAUCAUGAAUGCGUAGUAUAUUCCCCUAAGCCAAACACAUCACUUGAAGGAGGAAAUUGAAGGUGAAUUAUACUUCUGUUAAGAUGGGUGCGGAUAGACUGCAGCGAUUCUAAAUGAACACAUCUUGUAAUAUUUGGACAAGUAAAGAGAAAAACUACUUUUGAUAUAAACAACAUUUGUUCAUGUGCUGUAUUCUGUUGGUGACAAUAAGUGUUGAGUUAUAUUACUAUUGUUUGGAAGUGAAUGAAACUUUAUUCAGUAUAGGGCCAGUGGCAUUUUAGUCACUUAAUUUACCAUAAUAUAUUUUUUAUUGGGAUAACUAUUUCUCCUAAUCUGGCAUGCAAAAUAUUUAUAGAUUAUUGUCCAAAGAUGAGCCCUUAACCCAUAAGGAUUUUUUUUAAUUUCCUUGCUUUUAAUGGUGUAUUUUAUUUUGCGCAUCCCUGUCCAUGCAAUGACUAUUGUGUAAUGUGACCUACGAAGACCGAUUCCAAUAGUUUGGAUAAAAAAUAGUUAGACUAAGACUUUUGUGUUGACAUGAACCAAUCUUUGAUGUUUUCCUCACUCUGAAGCUAGUAGGACUACCAAGAAUAUGAGUAUACAUAUCGGUUAUCAUUUGUAUGACUCAAUCCACGCUUAUUUAUUUAUAAAACAGGGCUUGGUUAAAUUCAAACCGUUUGAAGCUAUUUAAACCCUUAGCAGCUUCACGUUUAGAGCUUUUAGCCGAGUUCUAUUGCAAAAAAAUGUUUAACGAUUUUAACAUUACAAAGCCUGCAUAGUAUUAUGUUAAUGCCACUCUGUCAUAAAAUAUUAACCCACGCUGAUUUGUAGUUUUAUAAAUUAAGUUUGGAUUAGUAUGUACUGAGAAAAAAAAAAAGAUGUGUAAAUCAAUGGUUGUAUCUGUGAACAUGUCAAGUUUGGACCAGCAGAGAA